AUGGGUUCCCCCACUAGUACCUUUUCCACCACACCGGAAGCCUCUGUAAAAAGGGCACCCAAGUUGUAUCAGAAGGUGCAAUUGAACAAUAAAGAAUAUACAAUCUUGGGAAAUAUGAAAACCAUUAAUCAUUCUUUCUUCAAAAGAAAUGUUGAUAAUGAAGAAAUACAUGAUAAAAAUGAAGAGAUUAAACGUCGCAAAGCUUCAACAAGUGAACCACAACCACAAGAACAUGAAAAUCAACAAGAGAAUGAUAGGAAUGAAGCCACACAAUCAAAUCCUAAUGAGGUGGUUCAAGCGGAUCUUAAGCAACUAGAAAGAGAUCCUGCUAAAAGAAAACAAAUGUGGGAAUAUUCAGUUAACUUAAGGGAAGAAGUAGGACGAGCUUAUAUGAGUUUAGGACCUUUCCAAAUACGUCUUAAAAAAUAUCAUGCUAAAGGUUCAAAGAAACAUCCUCGUAGAUUCCAAUAUUCUUGGUUUAACAUUUUCCCUAAUUGCUUAGAAUAUUCUCCAACAACACAUGCAUCCUAUUGUUUUAUUUGUUUUAUAUUUAACGAUAAACCAAGUGUGUCCCAUGGUUAUGAUGCAUUUACUGUUAAAGGAUUUGACAAUUGGAAGAACGUUAAUGACGUUAAAAAUUGUGCAUUCUUGAAGCACAUUGGUUGUUCACAACAUAUAAAUGUUGUUGCGUUUGCUGAAAAUUUGAUGAACCAAGAAGCACACAUUGAAAAUAUCACAAUGAAGCAAAAUGAAGAGCAAAUAUUGAAGAAUCGUUUACGAUUAAAAGCUUCGAUUGACACAGUUCGUUGGUUGACAUUCCAAGCGUGUGCUUUACAAGGACAUGAUGAAUCUCCUAAUUCCAAAAAUCAUGGUAAUUUUUUGCAACUACUAAAACUUAUAGCAUCUUAUAAUGAUGAAGUUGCAAAUGUUAUAUUAGAGAAAGCUCCUUAUAAUUCAAAAUAUACUUCUAGAGAAAUUCAAAAAGAAAUUCUUAGUAUUAUUGCAAAUAAAGUUAGAAAGCAUAUUCGUAGUGAAGUGGGUGAUUCAUAUUUUUGUGUCAUGGUUGAUGAGUCACAGGAUGAGUCUAAAAAAGAGCAAAUGGUUGAUGUAGAAGGGAUCAUACAUGAAAGGUUCUUGGAUUUGGUUCAUGUUAGGGAUACCUUAUCAUUAACCCUAAAAACAAAUAUGUGGAGACAACUUUUGCACUAUCAAUUUGAUGUUAGUAAAAUCUGUGGCCAAGUUUGUGCUUCCAGUAAGCGUCAUGAUGAGUUACAAAAGGCGAAGGAAAAUGAGAUUGAACAAUUAUUGGAACUAGGUGAAAUCGAAUCAGGCAAAGGAUUGAAUCAAGUUGGGACAUUAAGAAGAGGAAUAAUCGAUGAUGAAAUAUUGGGGAAAACUGAUGUACUUUCUCAAGCUCUACAAAAGAAAUCUCAAGUUAUUCUCAAUGCCAUGGAGUUAGUUUCAGCAACAAAGGAGAAUAUGCCGAAUAUGAAUGCUCCAUAUACUUCUACUCGAUACCAGCCUCGAAAAACAGAUAAUCAUGUUACUUUUGAACAUUUUUAUCGAGUGGAUUUGUUUACAGCCACAUUGGACAAACAGUUACAUGAGUUGAAUAAUAGAUUUAAUGACCAGGCGAUGGAGCUAUUAAGUCUUAGUUCUACUUUAGUUUCAAAAGAACACCCUAAAGUGAUUAAAGUUGAUCAAAUUUUUCGUCCUGUUGAGAAUGGUGUAUCAACUAUUGCUGACUUAUGCAAGGGUCUUGUGGAAACUCAGAAACGUGAGACGUAUUAUUUGCUUGAUAGAGUGUUGCGGUUAAUCUUAACACUUUCAGUUUCUACCGCAACAACAGAGAGGGGAUUUUCAGCAAUGAAAAUAUUCAAGAACCGUCUUCGCAAUACGAUGUCGGAUGACUUUCUCGCAAACAACUUGGUGGUUUACAUAGAAAGAGAAAUUGCUGAAAACAUUGAUUCGAAGUCGGUAAUUGAUGAUUUCAAAGACCUUAAAGGUCGUCGGGCUGAGUUGUAA